GUUUUUAAUUUUGUGAUUGCUCUGUUGUGUUCAUUGAUCUGUUUGUUUUUUUGUAUUUGAUAUGUUCUGCAAAUUGCUUUUUUGUUCUGAUUAGUCAUCUCAUGAUCUAUGAGGUUGGUGUUUGCUUCAUGGGUAUUUAACCAUUUGAUUCCACUUUUUUGUUUUUCCUAGUUAUAGUCACUACAACCCUCUUAUGAUGAAUUCUUGUUCUGCCUCUAAAUGUUGCUUCUUUGUGCAGAAAAGGGAAUUCCCAUUUGUUUUUUGGAACUUUUUAAAUUUUUUGAAUGUUGGCUUUAGCACCAUUUUAAAUGCUUGUAAGUAAGGAAUCAGCAACUUGCAGUGUUCUCUACUUCUCUCUAUUUAUGAGACAUUGUUUUCUUAAAGUUAUUCUUACAUCUAAAUUUUGUUACUUUCUUCUGUUUGAUUAAAAUCUCCCCUUUGGUUUGGCGUGGUUUUCACUCAUGCCUUAUUUUGAGUUUUACUUUCUAAGCAUGUGGGUUUAAGUGUGCUUGCGGCAUUGUUUUUAGUAUGGCCUUUCCUUCCACCUUUAUUAUGGAGGAAGAAACAUCAUGGAUUAGCCACUAUGAUGAUGACACACAAAGGGAGACCAGAGACUCUGAUUUGUUUUUGGAACGCAGUGAGGAAGUUGAUAUAGAAGGAACUGCUGUUUCAAUGGAUGUAAUUUUGCCUAAUGAUCUGUUGGAGCGUAUCCUAGCCUAUCUCUCUGUUGCAAGCAUUUUCAGAGCAGGUUGUGUGUGUAAAAGAUGGUAUGAGAUUGUUACUUCAGAAAGGUUUCUAUGGAACCUUUCCCAUAUGCUACCACAGAAACCUUGGUACUUUAUGUUUACAUACUCUGAUGAACCAACUGGUUAUGCUUAUGAUCCCAUCCUCCGGAAAUGGUAUGGAAUUGAACUUCCUUUCAUUGAAACCUCUAAUUGGUUCAUUGCUUCAUCAUAUGGCUUAGUUUGCUUCAUGGACAACGACAGAAGAAGUGUGUUAUGCGUGUGCAACCCAAUUGCCAAAAUCUGCAGGAAGCUUGAAGAGCCUCCUGGUUUGAAAUUUUCUGAUUACAGCGCAUUAGCAAUCUCAGUGGACAGGAAAUCCCACAGCUAUACUGUGGCAAUUGUAAAAUCAAAGCAAGUCCCUGGAAACUUUUUCGAGUGGGAUAUCUCAAUUCAUAUAUACAAUUCAGAGAAGGAAAACUGGGUGACGAAUAAGACAGAGGUUUUGCUGGGGUGGAGAGGUGGUGAUGAGAGUGUGAUAUGCAAUGGUGUUCUAUAUUUCUUAGUGUACUCAACCGGUGGUGGUCAUCCAGAGAUCCGCCAUGCACUUGUUGCAUAUAAUAUCUCUAAUCGCUCAUCCCAAGCUCGCUUGAGAAGGAGCUUUAUUCCUGUACCUUGUUCUCUAACAUGUGGCCGUUUGAUGAAUAUGAAGGAGAAGCUCGUGAUGGUGGGAGGCAUUGGUAAACCUGACCGGCCUGAUAUAAUCAAAGGUAUUGGUAUCUGGGUUCUUCAUGAUACGAAGUGGGAAGAGAUUGUACGAAUGCCACAUAAGUACUUCCAAGGCUUUGGAGAGCUUGAUGAUGUUUUUGCUAGCAGUGGCAUAGGUGAUCUAAUAUACAUUCAGAGUUACGGAUCUCCUGCACUUCUCACAUUUGACAUGAGCAUUAAACAAUGGAAAUGGUCACAGAAGUGCCCAGUAUCAAAGAGGUUUCCUCUACAGCUUUUCACUGGUUUUUGCUUUGAGCCGAGGCUUGAAAUUGCUCCAUAGUUUAUUUUACAUAGAAUCAAGGGUUUCUAUUGGCACUUGUGUGCAACUCUGCCAUUUACUCCAUUGUUCUUGAGUUAAAAUUUGAUAUGAUUUCUGUGUUUUAACAGUUCAUACAAAGUGUACUUGCUAAUAGAGUUGGUUAUUCAUGGAUACUGGAAUAUUAUCAAAGCAUUUUAAAUACAACAGAGCAAUAUAUAUUUGUAGA